AUGGAACCCACGCCGGCGGCGCCGCGCGUCCACCUGCAGUCCCCGCAGACUGCCGUGCCGACGCGGGCGGUCGAACCUGGGCGGACGCGCCGCAUAGCCGUGGCCGCGCCCCCGCUCCCGGCGGCCGCGCUGCAGCGGCGCACACGCGUGGUGCUCUACUACCGCGCGGACGCUGGAGAGAAGGGGGCCUCGCGGCUGUGGGAGGAGGCGAUGUGGGCGAAGGAGUCGCUGAGCGAGGCGGUGGCCGACCACCCAGAGAUGGCCGGUCGGCUCCGGCGCCACGCGGACGGGUCAUGGGAGGUGAAGCUGAACGACGCCGGCGUGAGGCUCGUAGAGGCCACGGCGGAGGUCACCCUCGACGAGUUCCUGGAGGCCGUCCAGGACAAGGACCGGGCGCGCAGCUGGGAGGCCGCGCUGGCUCCGUGGGUCGACGUGAACGCGGAGGACCCCGACGUGAGCGCGCUCGUCUACGUGCAGCUGACACGGUUCCAGGGGGACGGAGGCUUCGCCGUGGGCGUCAGCUGCAGCCUGAUGCUGUCCGAUCCCCUGUCGCUGGCGAGGUUCCUCGCGUCGUGGGCGCGCACGCACGCCAGGAUGAAGGCUCAGAACGACGUCGCCACCCACCCGCUGAUGCACGACCACGUCGCCGAAACCGUCCUCUUCAGAGCCAGACCUGCCACCACCGUCUCAGGCACACCCGACCACCACGUGCUCGCCGUCGCCUGUGUCGCCCAGGCGAAGGAACGGCUUGGCGCGGCGGGCAAGGUGCCCCCGCAGUUCCCGAUCGUCAUCUUCGACGACAGCGACGGCAAGGGAGGGCUGAGCGUCGAGACGUGCGCGGCGGCUUACCGGCAGCCGCAGAGCGGCGGUGGCAGAGGAUACAAGCUUGAGGAUGCCCAGUGGCAGGAGCUUGGGCUGGAGGAGCUGGUGCUCAGGGACAGCAAGCCCCUGCACGUGUCGUACAGCAUCCUGAAAGGUGGCAGUGGCAGCGAUGGGCUUGCGGUCGUCAUGCCUGACGGCGGCGCUGCCGGUGUUCCUUUCAAUUUAGCAAGAAACCCAAAUUUUCAAGCUUUAGUAAUGUAUCUUGCAAACACUGAUUUGGGUGAAUGUGUACCUCCUGGGUACAACAAGUUGAGGACUACUCUUCUCCAACAGGGGAGAGUCAAUGCAUGUUGA